UGAAUUAGCAUGUAUUUUCCAGCAGAGGCAUGAGGCAUCAGACGCGUUCCUCUGACAGAGUCUUUUAAAUAGAGUGAUGGCUAAUUAAAAUUUCAUUUCAUAUAUCCUCUCUCAGCCUAAACUUCUGGGUUGCAAAAAUGAAUUCGGACACGACUUCCUAUUGGUGCUACAGCUGCACGCGCUUCGUUCACAUACAAGAACAGAACGACGUCGUUUGCCCGCGCUGCCACGGCGGCUUCGUCGAAAAGGUCACCGCCCCCCAAUCGUCAAGGCAAGGCUUCCGCCGCCGACGCCGCAACGCCGGGAACCACUCGGCGUUCAACCCGGUGAUCGUGCUCCGCGGACCGGGAGAGGACGAGGAGAGCAGCUUUGAGUUAUACUACGACGGCUUCGACGGCGAGGGGCUCCGCCCGCUGCCAUCCACCAUGUCGGAGUUCUUGCUUGGAUCGGGAUUCGACCGGUUGCUGGAGCAGGUUUCGCAGAUCGAGAUCAACGGCCUCGGGAGGGCUGAGAAUCCACCGGCGUCUAAGGCGGCUAUAGAGUCAAUGCCGACGGUGGAAAUCACCGAGUCUCACGUCGCGUCGGAGACGAUCUGCGCCGUGUGCAAGGAAGCCUUCGAGCUUGGCGCGUUGGCGCGUGAGAUGCCGUGCAAGCAUCUCUACCACUCCGAUUGCAUUCUCCCGUGGCUUUCGAUGCGAAACUCGUGUCCGGUGUGCCGCCACGAGUUGCCGUCGGAGCAAACCGCGCCGGAAACAAGAGUCGCCGGCCAGAUCGAGGAGGAGGCUGUAGGGUUGACCAUAUGGAGGUUGCCGGGUGGGGGAUUCGCCGUCGGGAGGUUCGCCGGAGAGAGCCACUUGCCGGUGGUUUACACGGAGAUGGAGAGUGACGGGAACUCCAACGAAGGUUCUAGAAGAAUCUCUCUGGCGGUUGGAAGCGGCAGAGUUAGGGAAAGUCGUGGUGGUGGAUUUGGGAGAAUUUUCCGCAAUUUGUUUGGGAGAAUUGGGGCUUUGACUAGAAGCCGUAGCCUUUCAACUUCACUCUUCAAUAGAAGAAGUUCUAGAACCUGGGUUUUGGGAAAUUGAUUUGGAUGGAGUUAGUUUUUGGAAAACAAGCUUUUUAAUUUCAGUUCAGAAUUGAGAUUCUUAUUGUAAAUAGGGGCAGUUAGAUUCAAAAUCUCUUUGCAAUUUGCGUUAUAUCAAUAGAUGUUUUUCUCCAGAAAUGAUCACCGAAGGGGACUCGAGAGAAAGAUUGUUCUUGCUGCAGAACAUACGUUCUGGGGGAAGAAGACAUGCUUAAUUACUUGAUUUGUUUAAUGUUCAUAUAGUAUGUUUUAGCCGCAAAUUCUUUGUAAGCAUUGUUUUUAGUUUUAUGUCCUAUGUUUUCCCAAUAUGAUGAAAGGAUAUAUUAAUGAUUAUUAUGUUGCAUUAUUCCAUA